AUGCAAGCCCUCUCUAACAGAUCAGGACCAAACGGCGGUAUAGCACACACAAGGUCCGAAGACCCCGAUAGCACUGCCCUACCAGAAAGCCCAGUCACCGCCGACUCGAGUUUGCUUCUGACCGAAGUCAUCCACAAAGCCCCUCAAUACUUCGUCGCUGGAUAUCUCACUACUGCCUCAGCAUCAACUAAAAUAGAUGUCGAAGAGUCUAUAGAAAUCUCUUCAAGGAACCCCGAAGGGACUCAUCAGAAGAUCUCACGCUACUCCAGUCGAGAGAACCGCGGAGAAGUCCGUGAGCCACCCGAAGGCGACUCGUUGAACUCCUCGUUGGAAUCUCAGUCGGUGCAGCAAGAAGAACAAUCAGAAAUUCCAGAGAAGCCCGUCCCAGCACAGAGAAACCCCUUCAAGGAUCCCGAAGGAAACCCGCCAGAGAAUUUCUACCGCCCCAGUCGAGAAUCUCGGCCCUCUAACGAGAUUGACGACCAUCGAAGAUCGAUAACCAAUCUUCGACCGUUGGAAGUUAACCGCAAGAAUAUUCCACCAAACAAACGUCCCCACAAGCAGUACCCUCCACCAGGCAUCGCUGCUGCAGUUCAGCCAGAAAGGCAGGUCGGAACGAAAGAAGACAAAGAAACGGCUACUCCGUGCCAUAAGAACCACGUCGUCAAGGCUCGUUGUUUUUUAACAGGACGGACAUUGCCUCAGCGCCGACACAACUCCGACAUGUUGAUUGACCGACCAGCAAGCCCUAAUUUCGCCUCAGUGCCCGGUGGUUGA